AUGGGUACUCUUGAAAUUUUAGGCAUGUUUUUAUUUACAUUAGGUCACGGCGCUGGAAAUCGAUUAACACAAGAGCGAUUCCAGCACUCAGGAAAGGCAGUUAGUCGAUAUUUCAACAAGGUUUUAGAUGUUUUAUGUCAUAUGAGUAUAGAUGUAUUAAAACCACCAGACCCAGAAUUUAGAGAUGUUCCUGAAGAGAUAUUGAAAGAUUCUAGAUAUAUGCCUCAUUUUAAGAACUGUAUUGGUGCAAUAGACGGUGUACAUGUAAAUGCCGUAAUUCCACCUGAAGAUCAAGUACCAUUUGUUGGUAGAAAAGGGGUACCAACUCAGAAUGUUAUGGCAAUAUGUAAUUUUGAUAUGCAAUUUAUAUAUGCAUAUGAUGGGUGGGAAGGUUCUGCUCAUGAUACAAGAAUUUUCUAUUCAGCUUUACGUGAUUCAACUUCAAAUUUUCCAAAACCACCCCAAGGAAAAUAUUAUUUAGUGGAUGCGGGAUACCCACAAAUUACAGGUUUUUUAGGACCAUAUAAAGGCCAAAGAUACCAUCUUCCACAAUUUCAACGAGGUAGCAGACCUACUGGUUAUAAAGAGGUAUUCAACCAGGCACAUUCUUCUCUUCGAAGUGUUAUUGAAAGAACUUUUGGAGUAUGGAAGAAAAGAUGGAAAAUAUUAAGAGAUAUGCCUAGCUAUCCAUACCAAAAGCAAGUAAAAAUAGUGAUUGCAUCAAUGACCUUGCAUAAUUACAUUCGAAGGCAUGCACAACGUGAUCGACAUUUUGAGAAAAUUAGAGACAAUCCCAAUUAUUGUGCAAGUGAUCAAACUAAUAUUGAAGAUGAAGAUGAGACAACUAGAGCUUCAAAUUUAAAUGAAAUGGACAAUAUCAGAGAUUUGAUUGCUGCAAGUUUAAUAGGACAUAAUUAA